UUGCUCUCAACUUUAACUUGCCAACGUGCACAUCUCAUUUUAUUUUGAAAAUCAACGACCCGGAAGAUUGCUUUCUUCUUCUGGUGACCUCCUGGGAAGUCCUCAUCAUGGCGCAGGCAGUUAAGAAAGUUGUGAAUAAAGUUCCUGCAUUAGUCGGCGCCGCUCUUACAUACUCCAAACCCCGGCUAGCGACCUUCUGGCACUACGCUCGAGUGGAGCUGGUCCCACCGAGCCCAGCUGAGAUCCCCAAAGCAAUAGAAGCUGCAAAAGGUCUGAUCAGGAGCUAUCAGACGGGACGCCUGGGACAAACUACAGUGAAAGAUGCCAUAAGGAAUGGACUGGUGACCACUGAGGUGCUGAUGUGGUUCUACAUCGGAGAGUGUAUUGGCAAAGGAGGCAUUGUUGGAUAUGAUGUCUGAAAAAUGAACUUUUCUUCCUCGUCUUUUUCUUCCUCGUCUUGCUUUUCCAGUCAUUACAUUCUCAACAGCCAGCACCAAAUUCUUCCAAAUAAACAUAUGUUUGUAUACAGGAGUA